AUGAGUCGAGAUGAGUCUCGCUCUCAGAGAACUCAAGCUGAGAAAAAGCUUGUGAGAAAACUCGAUUUCUUUAUCAUGACAUACUGCUGUGCCGGCUACUUCUUCAACUACCUUGACCGUCAAUCAUUCGCAAAUGCAUACGUCUCAGGCCUCCGUGAGGACCUAGGUCUCGUCGCCAACGAAUACAGCAUUCUGUUGUCGAUGUGGACAGCAGGCAGUGUUGUUGGUGGCAUCCCCCAUUCCUUGAUCAUCCAGAAAGUUGCGCCUCGUAUCUGGCUUCCAUUGACCUUGAUACUCUGGUCGGGCGUGACGAUGUGUCUUGCUGCAUGCACAAACUUUGCAGGACUAUGUGCAGCUCGCUUCUUCCAGGGUCUUCUCGAAGCGAGUGUCUAUGGAGGCAGCAUGUACGUCUUUGGUUCAUGGUACACACCCUCUGAACUUUCCAAGCGCGCUGCUAUCUUCACUGCCGUUGGACAAGUCGGCAGUCUAUUCUCUGGUAUCAUGAUGACAGCCAUGAACAAAUCUUUGCACGGUAACGCCGGCCUCACUGGAUAUCAGUGGGUGUUCAUCAUCAAUGGUGUGAUGGGUAUCCCAUUUGCCAUCUUUGGUUUCCUCUUCUUCCCUGAUCUUCCUGAGACGACUAAAGUCUCAUACCUUACCAAGGAAGAGAUUCAGCUUGCUCACGACAGACUUGGACCUAGAAAAGAGAAUAGCCACAGUAUCCACUGGAAAACAUUGAUCCCGAGAGUGCUCAAGACACCGCAUAUCUACCUUAUGGCGUCUUUGUCUGUCAUCUCGGGUAUGCUGGAAGCCUUCGCCUUCCAAGGCAUGUUCCUGCUCUGGAUGAAGUACAACAAGAAAAGAUUCAGCCAGACUGCCAUCACGACAUAUCCUCUCGGUAUCCAGGCCGUAGCCAUCGUGUCGCAGAUUGGUGCUGGCAUGUUCAUUGACAGAACCGGCCAAAGAAUGCCGAUGAUUGUUCUGGCAUCGGUGAUUCAGCUUGUCACAGCUAUUCUCCUGUUGCAGCCUCACCUUUCGGAUGGUGGGGUCUUUACCGCACAUUACCUGAGUGGCACUUCGUUCAUCGUCAAUCCUGUCAUGUAUGGAUGGGCCAACUCGAUCCUUACUAGAACGGGUGACGAUGCAGUCAGAUCAGUCACUCUUUACACUAUGGCCCUUAGUGGACAGACCCUCUACACUUUUUGGGGCUUGAUAUUGUACCCUGCAACAGACGUUCCAUACUGGAAGAAGGGAGCCAUAACCAUGGUAGUCGUUUGUUUCGCAUAUGUCGCCAUUGGCUAUGCUGUCAAAAAGCUUGAUGAUAAAACGAGACCGAUCACUUCGGAUGUCACUGACGAAGAAGCAUCCGAGGUCGUUGUAGAAAAUCAGAUGACAAAAGUUGGAUAG